GCCUCCGCCGAUCUGAACAAUGGCGCUGUUCUUGUCUUCAGCAGAGCUGCUUUAAAGCUGAAACUGGAUUUUUUGACAACUGGUGCAUUGGGCAACAUUAUUUCCCGUGUGUUAAUGUGAAGCUGUGUUGUUUGAAUAAAUGCGAGUCGACAGUAACACAAACAGCUCGGUGUGACUGCGCCUUUAAGAGACGCGCCGCUGGUGACGCGCCGCGGCCGGUGGGCAGGAGGAGUGCGUCUGCGCGAUAGAGAGGCGCGUUGAUCGCUCCCGGAGCGCAGACACGGCACACGGUCGGCGGAACGCGCUUCUAAUGCUGGGCCAUCCUCACCGCACAACACUCACCGAACGGAGCAGCGGCCGCGCCCGAUCCCGGAGACCGGCGGAAUAACGGCGGACUGAAGACAGCAGGGCGGCUCGACACGGGUGCACGGAGAGAGCGAGAGAGAGAGAGAGAGACACUGCCCAAGCGCUCACAGCCAUGAGAGAAUACAAAGUGGUCGUGCUGGGAUCCGGCGGCGUGGGGAAAUCUGCGCUGACCGUGCAGUUCGUCACCGGAUCCUUCAUCGAGAAGUACGACCCGACGAUAGAGGACUUCUACCGCAAGGAGAUCGAGGUGGACUCGUCGCCGUCGGUGCUGGAGAUCCUGGACACGGCGGGCACCGAGCAGUUCGCCUCCAUGCGCGACCUGUACAUCAAGAACGGCCAGGGCUUCAUCCUCGUCUACAGUCUGGUCAACCAGCAGAGCUUCCAGGACAUCAAGCCCAUGCGCGACCAGAUCAUCCGCGUCAAGCGCUACGAACGCGUGCCCAUGAUCCUGGUGGGCAACAAGCUGGACCUGGAGGGCGAGAGGGAGGUGUCUGCCGGGGAAGGCAAGGCGCUGGCGGACGAGUGGAGCUGCCCGUUCAUGGAGACCUCGGCCAAAAACAAAGGCUCGGUGGACGAGCUGUUCGCGGAGAUCGUGCGGCAGAUGAACUACGCGUCUGCGCCGCGCGGAGAUGACCAGUGCUGCGCGUCCUGCGCGAUCCUUUAAACCCCAGCGCCGCUUCUGGGUUCUCCGUCGCGUUUGUUGCCACGGUGUGUUGCAGGAUUUCUGAACUGUUGAGGAUGAGUGGAUCACUCUUCAGGAUUUACAGCACACCGUUGAUGUCAACACAAGUGUCUUGCACUCUCAACUGGAACUUCAACCCCAAAAACGUGGAGGUUAAAGCGGCGGUGUGUUGCUCGUGGACUUGGAAACGCUUGUUGUGAAUCGUACAAAGUAUUGCUUUCCGUGACGUCACAAUUGAAACCACUCUCACGAGCCACUCCCCAUUGAGCGCACGAGGACUUCACUGUUUUGACGCGAGGACGUCGGAGCUUACGCGUCGAGUGCCUUCCAAAAACCUGUUCAAGAGUUUAGUGCCAACCGGUUCAGUGCUUCACUGUUACACUUGCAAUGGUUUCGGGGCUUAACGACGUUUAAAAGGCCUAUUGUUUCUUUGUUUUUCUCUCCCAAUACAGGUACUCCUGAAGCCCCCAGACUCGAACCACAAACCACUGUCUGUAUGAAAUCACAUGUUUUAUUUCGUUUUUAACAAAUGUGAUGUACCAUUGAAAUUCUAAUCCGAUUGUACGUUUCAUUUCAGACUAGCUUUUUAACAGCUGUCUGAUUGUUUUAAAGAGACUUUUAAUACAUGCAUUUUUAAAAAAACUUCAUGCACAGUGUUUGUUU